AUGGCCAAAAUUGUCGUGCUCGGUGCCGGCGUGUCUGGCCUGACUUGCGCCCUUCAACUGGCAAAGCGCAAAGAGAACACCGUGACAGUGGUUGCAAAGCACAUGCCGGGUGACUAUGACAUUGAGUAUACUUCGCCAUGGGCUGGUGCAAAUGUCUUGCCGAUGGCAACAAAGGAGAACAGCCGAUGGGAACGCCAAACUUGGCCGGAGCUGAAGCGACUAGCUACUGAAGUUCCCGAGGCGGGAAUCCACCUUCAAAAGGCUGUCGUUCUUCGCCGGAAAAAGGACAUGGAUGUCGACAAUCCGAGGCAGAACCAAUUAUCAGACAGCCUGUUUCUUAAAAACCCAUGGUAUAGCACUAUGUUCGAUGACUACCGGGUACUCAAGGACGAGGAGCUCCCCGAGGACAUGGCUUACGGAUGCGAGUUCGGUUCAGUCUGUAUCAACACUGCGAUUUACCUUCAAUGGCUUGUUGGGCAGUGCUUGAAGCAUGGCGUCGUUCUUAAAAGAGCAGUUUUAAAACACAUCUCCGAGGCUUCCAGCUUGAGCCAUGCUGGUGGCAAGGCAGACAUAGUCAUCAAUGCUUGCGGUCUUCUGGCUUGCAGACUUGGCGGUGUGAUGGAUUCGACUGUCAAGCCUGCUCGUGGGCAGAUCAUCCUCGUCCGUAACGAAUUAUCCCCUAUGUAUGCCAUGUCGAGUUCAGACGAUGGCCCGGAGGAGAUCUUCUACACAAUGAUGCGUGCGGGAGGAGGCGGCACUAUUCUGGGUGGCACAUAUGCUGUGGGCAAUUGGGAGGCCAAUCCCGAUCCGAACAUCGCCAACCGAAUCAUGAAGCGUGUGCUUGAUUACCACCCUCAGAUGAAAGACACAGAAAUCGAUUGGGUGACAUACAUGGAGCACAUCUCUCUAUAUGUGUCCGGCGAGCGCGACUACACAAAGUUCGAAGGCGGAACAGGCCCCCUCGUCUACCCGGCUGCCCAUGUGUACAUCUACAAUGGACUCUAUCACCUUACCAAUGAGGGCAAAGACAUCUUCCUGGCCCAGCAGCUGUUUGCCGGUUUAUAUCUACUCACGUUGGCGGUUGUUAUGGCAUGCUACUGGAAGGCACAGGCACCUCCGUAUGUCUUCCCCCUGCUAAUUCUCUCAAAACGAUUGCAUAGCAUUUUCGUCCUGCGAUUAUUUAACGAUUGCUUUGCCGUUCUGUUCCUCUGGAUUUCGAUAUCCCUCCUUCAGCGCCGUUCAUGGACAUUGGGCACAUUGGUGUAUACCUGGGGAUUGGGGGUCAAGAUGAUACUGCUCCUGGUUCUGCCUGCUGUUGGGAUUGUGCUAUUCCUAGGUCGAGGAUUUGUCCCGGCCUUACGACUUGCUUCCCUGAUCGGGCAGUCACAGGUUGCAAUCGCCAUCCCAUUCCUCAAGACGAACCCCUGGGGCUACUUGAGCAGGGCGUUCGAGUUCUCACGACAGUUCUUCUACAAGUGGACAGUCAAUUGGAGAUUUGUGAGCGAAGAGGUGUUCCUGAGCGAGCCAUUCUCUAUUUCGCUCCUCGUUCUACAUGUCUCUGUCCUGAUGGGCUUCAUCACGACCAGAUGGUUGAAGCCAACCGGCAAGUCUCUUAGUGAGAUCGUCACCGCCGUCCUAAAUCGAAAGAUGCCGUUCACAGACCAAGAGGAACGAGUCAUCUCUCUGUCCACCGGCCCCCGAUACAUCCUGACUACAAUCCUCACGGCGAAUGUCAUCGGCAUGCUGUUCGCGCGAUCUCUCCAUUAUCAAUUCUAUGCCUACUUGGCAUGGGCGACCCCAUUCCUCUUAUGGCGGAGCGGUGUCCAUCCAGUCUUGCAGUACCUGCUCUGGGGACUCCAAGAAUGGGCAUGGAAUGUCUAUCCUAGCACACCCCUGAGCUCAGGCGUUGUGGUUGGAGUUAUGGCGGCGACCGUCGGCCUGGUAUGGCUGGGUGCGAAGGAAGAGCCCAGCAGAUACCUCCAGUCUGCGAAAGCUGACACGACUCGGCGGUGA